AUGAAGAAUGACUUUUACUAUCAGGAGAUCAUGAAAUUUGUCCAUUUUCUUAACAGCCAUGCCAAAGAGUUGGUAAUUUUACCUCGUGUUCACGUCCAAUUUCCCGAUAAAUUUUUAUAUUUUUCAAUUCAACGGCAAAUCUUUACCAACAGAGAUUUCACAACGGCCGUGGUGGACAGAAAGGUAUGUUCUGAAGGGACGUAAAAGCGAUUCAAAUCAUUUUCAGAUCAUCGACGAUAACUUACCGAAUCUCCAGAGACGGUUAAGUUAUGUGGAUUGCUCUAAAUGCAUGUUUGUCGACUGGAGGAAUGCUGUGUGUGAUUGGGAGAGGUGCUAUGCAGUGAACGAGAGGACUAACAAUAUUAUAUUUUAUGACUACACCCAUGUGAAUGUUCUUGGAUCCUUGUUUUAUGGGAAAUUGGUCAGAAAUAUGUAUGACGAAUAUCUGGAGACGGGAGAGAGGCAUAAUGAAGACAAUUAUAAGCGGAGAAGACUUCCUUUCUCUCGAUUCUAA